AUGUCUGAUAAUUUACAACUCAAUUACAAAGAACAUUGGCAAAAAAUGCAAAUUAUUCUUGAAAAAAAUUUAAAUAGUAAUAAUAAAUCAUUGGGAUUUACUAUUACUGGCGGUAUUGAUAAACCAGUUCACAAGCAUUUCACAUCUAUUGUUAUUUCACAUAUUUAUGAAAAUGCCGUGGCAGAUAGAAUUGAACAAUUAAAGUUAUAUGAUAUAAUAUUACGUGUAAAUGAUAUUGAUAUUACAAAUAUGAAACAGGAAACAGUUGUUGAUAUACUAAAACGAUCUAGAGAGCAAAUUAACUUGUUCAUACGUCGUCUCUCACCACCGAUUAUUCAAACAAUCGAACUACAACAUAAUGGACGAUUAGGUAUUCGUAUUACUGGUGGAAUCGGAAACGAAUCUAUUCCAGAUGAUCAUGGAAUAUUUAUUACGCGUAUCAAUACAUUACACAAAAAUAAACAGUUACAAAUAGGUGAUCGAUUAUUGCAAAUUUCAGCUAUGUGUAAUACUUACGAUUUACGAUUUGUUACAUUUGAAAUGGCGAAAAAAUAUAUAGAAUCAGCAUGCGCAUUGUGCCAAAAGAUUAAACUAUGCAUUGGCCGUUCAAGAUCUCCUGUUCAAUUAGAGAACGAAGUACUUGUUUCAAAUGAACAUAUUUCCAAAAACUCAGAAAUGUUAUCUACAGCAGAAAUAGAACAAUCAAGUAUUAUCAAGUAAGUGUAAAGUAGAGAAAAAGAAAUUUAGUAGAUGAAUAUUCUCUGAUUAACAUUAAUACUUCGUCAUCUAUCUUAUGAUUUGUUUUUAGUGAUCGAAUAGUACAUAUAAGAAUAAGCAUAGAAUCUGAUCCGUACAACGCAAUGAUACGUAAGCUAUUUAGAAGAUAUUUUCUAUCUCUUUUGAACAAGACUAACUUUAAAAACAUAAAAUUUUUAACAUAUUUAUUUUCAAGAUGAGACUCUGGUAUAAGAGGCGAUAUGUGAACAAAAUAAAGUAAUUCCAACAACAUAUCAAAACAGAAAGUAAGCAACACAUGUUCGAUAUAGAGAAUAAAAGUAUACUGGAAAUCUUCCAGUAAUAAAAUAAUGUAAAUAAUUGUACAUUUGUUGGUUAUACCUAAUGGUCAAUUAAUUAAUAUUCCAGAUUUUAUUAUUUAUUUUUUUUUGUAAAUUUCUUUCAAAAUAAUCAUGAUUAAUAAAAAGUUUAUAACUUAAAAACAGCUUUUGCUAUAAAAAAACAUGUAUUUCAAAAAUGAGAAUGUAUCAAUAGACAACGGCAUGUACGAGUGUUCUUAGAUAAACGGACUUAUCUAAUUUGCAUAUAUCAUUCUAGUAAAAGCCCAUAUAUUUCUAUAACAUAUUCUCACAUAAGUCCAUACAUUACUCAUUGUGGAUUCGAUUCAGUCAUUAUCAGAUAAUUGUAUCGAUAAGAUUUAGUACUGUCCUCUAUGUCAAUGCAUGUUUAUUGGAAACAAACUGUGUAAGUAUCAAUGAAACUUCGUUGAACCAAGUAUAUGAAUUAAUCUGAGUAAUAGAAAAUAUUAUACUGCACUAAAUUUUAUUCAUAUCAUUUUAUUUAAUACUUUUUUGAUAUUAUAUCAAAAUUUUUAGUUAAAUAAGCAACUUUUUUUCUAUGAUGAUGAAGACUUAUUACAUUUCUUUGAUAAUCAAAAUAUAAAAAGAUAUUACUCGAUGAAUCAUAUUUAUAAUGACAAAAAAAUAGUUUGAAUAGUUUAGUAAGGUAUCGAACAGGGAAAGACAAAACUAUCAUAAGAGAAAAAUGUCAUAUGAUUUAGUGAAUUUUUAUUGAUUUCUAAUGGUUCUCAUUGACUUCUCUUGACUUUCGAUAACUCUCAAUCAUAUCAAGCUAUUUUACCAUAUGUUUAACCUCUUGCAAUAGUUUCCGCAUUGAUAAUCAGUUUAUUUCAUCUGAAUUUUUUGUGUUAAUUAAUAAUAAACAAUUAUAUUCUCCUUUAUUGUGAAAAAUAAUAUGAGAUAAUAUUUGACGAGCUACGCGGAAAAGAUAAAAUUUGGGAUAUUUAAUGGAAAAAAAUUAUCUGUUCUUUAUUUUAUAAAUAUAAAGAUAAAGUAACACCCCUAAUCUCGUUUCAUAUCUGGAUACUCACACUCUUUUGUUCAACAUAUUAAUUUUUAUUCGUCAUCAAACUUAUUUAACUAUUUAUUUAUAUCAUUUUAUUAUUCUCGUUUAAAAACUACAUUUUUAGCAAAACACAAAAACAAGAAAAAAAAAUGAAUGAAAUAAAGAGAUAGAUUACAACACACAUAUUAAGCAUUCACGCUUUUAUAGAU